UGUGUACCUGGGAGCUUGGAGGAUCCCAAAACUGUGACACAUCAUAAGUUGAUCCAUGCUACUUCUGAGAAGGUGCUGACAGACACCAAGACAGUGUUGGAGGAAAACAUUCAAGAUAGAGAUGUGUUGCUGCUGAUCAAGAAACGUGCUCCACCUCCACUCCCCAAAAUGGCAGAUGUGUCUGCAGAGGAGAAAAGGAAGCAGGAGCAGAAGGCUCCUGACAAAGAUGCCAUCCUCAAGGCCACUGCCAACCUGCCCACCCGCAGUGUGGAUCGCACCGUGGCACACCACAACAUGAGGGAUUUCCAGACAGAGCUCCGGAAGAUCUUAGUGUCUCUCAUAGAAGUGGCACAGAAACUGCUAGCACUGAACCCAGAUGCAGUUGAACUGUUUAAGAAGGCAAAUGCCAUGCUGGAUGAGGAUGAGGAGGACAGAGUGGACGAGAUAGCCCUGAGGCAGCUCACAGAGAUGGGGUUCCCAGAGAGCAGAGCUGUCAAAGCCCUUCGACUGAACCACAUGUCGGUGACUCAGGCCAUGGAGUGGUUGAUAGAACACGCAGAUGACCCUUCAGUGGAUGCUCCUCUGCCAGGUCAGACUCCUGCAGAAGCCACAGCUGAAGCUGGUGCCUCCUCUGCUGAGGCUGCUGCAGGUCCAAGCUCAGAGGAAGGUGGGGAAGAGGCCAAGGAUGAGCUGACGGAAAUCUUCAAGAAGAUCCGGAGGAAAAGAGAGUUUCGCCCUGACCCACGGGCUGUCAUUGCCCUGAUGGAGAUGGGAUUUGAUGAGAAGGAAGUGGUGGAUGCACUCAGAGUAAACAACAACCAGCAAAAUGCAGCCUGUGAAUGGCUGCUGGGAGACAGGAAGCCUUCUCCAGAGGACUUAGAUAAGGGCAUUGACACCAACAGCCCUCUCUUCCAAGCCAUCCUAGAAAACCCAGUGGUACAGUUAGGGCUAACCAACCCUAAAACUCUACUAGCCUUUGAGGAUAUGCUUGAAAACCCCUUGAACAGCACUCAGUGGAUGAACGACCCCGAGACUGGCCCUGUGAUGCUCCAGAUCUCCCGAAUCUUCCAGACGCUCAACCGCACGUAGAGGGCGAUGCCAGUGCACUGUGCCACUCCCUCCUGUCCCUCCCUCCACCUCCACCUCCGCGGGAGGCUGCAGGGAUGUCCGGGAAGGGGAGGAGGGGAGGGAGGGAGAUCCUGGCUGGGUGGGUCUCUCUCGCACAAGAGCUUUUGUAGUUACAGCCAAUGAAGUGAGUUGCCUUGUGGAUUUAGUGUUAGUGGAAGAGGUUUGAAGACUUGUUUAUGUUUUCAGGUAUUAGGUUUAAAAUAAAGUAUAUCACACACACACAAAAAAAAAAUAGGAAAAGGUUUUGUGAAAACACUUAAGGAUGUGAUUGUUGGACAGAAAUGCUUGUUACCAAGGCCUGUGACAGUAGUUUUCUAGCCAGUUUUGUUAGGCUCUGGCUGGUGUUUACAAAAGGUCACUGACCACUAGCAUAAGAUAUGAAUCAUCUCCAUACAGUAUUAAUUUAUGGCUCUAUCAAAUGACAAAAGUGUUGUUUUUUA